GACCGGGAUCAACACGCAAGCGAUGGCUGGAUUCGACAGUGAGGCAAUGUAUUUGGACCCAGCGAUCCGGGACUGGGUCCUGUUCCCGAUUAUGAUCGUCAUGAUCAUGGUUGGUGUGUUGAGACACCACGCCACCCAGCUGCUCAACUCCCCGCCCAAGACCACCUGGAAGGCUGUUCGUGAAAGCUCUGCUUUGGCUCGCUCGCGCAUCAUCCGAGCCCAGAGCCGCUUCAUCCCUGCCUCCGGAUUCAAGGCUCGCAAGGAGUAUCUGUCAUCGUCGUUCGAAAAGGGUGCCUAUCUCAAGAACCCCGACCCCAAUGCCGCCGCCGCCAACCCCAUGCAAGAUCCCCAGGGCAUGGAAGCCAUGGCUGACAUGAUGAAGAAGAACAUGGCCAUGUUCAUCCCGCAGACCCUGAUCAUGUCGUGGAUCACCUUCUUCUUUUCCGGAUUUGUUCUGACCAAGCUUCCCUUCCCGCUUACGGUUCGCUUCAAGGCCAUGUUGCAGCGAGGCAUCGAAACGAGUGACAUGGACGUGUCCUGGGUUUCGUCGCUGUCUUGGUACUUUCUCAACCUUUUUGGUCUGAAGAGUAUCUAUGUCCUGAUUUUGGGUGCCGGAAACGAGGCCGACGGUAGCCGCGACAUGCAGCAGAUGCAGAUGAUGGGCGCAACGCAGCAGCCUAUGCAACAACCCAACGAAGUUGCCAACAUGUUCAAGAGCGAGAAAGAAUUCUUGAACCUGGCCACACACGAGUGGGCUUACGACGACGUCGAGGACCGCGUGCUUGGUCUCUACGGCAAGGCCCAGACAAAGACCCUCUCGGCCAAGGGAAAGAAAUCCCAGUAAUAGAGCGCCGCCAUUGCUCUAUUGCGUUGUCGGAUUCUGAAUCCGGUCUGCCUUUGUUGUCUCCCUCAUCUGAAUGCGAAAUGGCGGUCCAACCGA